GCUUGGUUUACACAUUCAAAGCAACCGGCUCAACACAUAGACACUAAAGACGCUUCACACCACCGUUGAUCACACUUUGCGCCUUCUAGGUCGUGUCUCUAAUAAACAUGGCGGACUAAAGGAGGCCGAACUCCUCCGCUUGGUCCAGGCCUUCGUUAUCAGUAAGAUUACAUUUGCAACACCCUAUUUGCAUUUUCUUAAAUCAGAAUCCGAUCAGAUUGACAUCCUUUUACGCAAAACGUAUAAAUUCGCUUUGGGGGUACCCAUACGAACCUCCACUGAAAGACUUAUGCGUACUGGCACUUUCAACACCCUUGCUGAACUCACAGAAGCCCAUCUUGCAUCGCAGUAUAACAGACUUUCUAACACCGUGACAGGCCGACACAUUCUACAAACGCUUUCUGUCACUCCAGCACCCAUCACCAAAGCUAAGUACACCAUUCCACACCACAUACACGAGAACCUCUACAUUCCCCCACUUCCUAAAAACAUGCACCCAGUGCACCACAAACAGCGCAGGCGGCAGCGCGCAAAGGCUCUCAAAAAACAAUUCUCCUCCUCAAAUGAUGUGCUCUAUGUUGAUGCCGCCGAUUACGGGAACAGGAAUUAUUAUGCGAUAUCAGUCAUCCGCUCUCACGGCCAGGUCGCUGCGGCCGCCUCCAUUCCUGCCUCUUCGUCGGAGGAGGCCGAAGAGGCGGCCAUAGCCCUGGCCCUCACAAUCCCUAAAUCAUCUGUUGUCGUGAGUGACUCCAAAACAGCCAUAUAUAACUUCGGAGCGGGCAGGGUGUCUAAGCCAGCCCUUUCCCUGCUUUUGGCCCAUCCCCUCGAUCAAAUUGUAGCAUUAAUCUGGACUCCCGCGCAUGCGGGCCUUGCCGGAAACGAGGCGGCUCAUGCCAGUGCCCGAGGAUUUACCGUCCGGGCACAAGCAUCCGACAUGUCGCAACUCGCUACGGAGGAGGCACCGUUCACUGCGCGGGAUCGGCUUAUUUCAUUCCACGACAUCUGCACACGCUACCGAUUAGAACGUUUAACCUUUCCGCCACUCAUUCGCAAAUCCCCGCGCAAGUGCGAAAUUCUGUGGCGACAGCUACAGACUCGCACCUUUCCUUCCCCAUACCUCCUACACCGCAUUUAUCCCUCCAGUUACCCUUCUCCCUCUUGUAAAUUCUGCGCCGCUUCUACAGCAGACUUAAACCACAUCAUGUGGCGCUGCCCUAAAAACCCUCUUCCUCCUUUCCUGGCACGCCUAAUUUCUAGUGAGGAGCAGUGGGAGGCUGCCUUGCGCAGCUCGAGGCCCGACAUUCAGGAGGCCAUCCUGGAGUGGGCCGAGAGGGUGGAGGAGGCCUACUUGAAGUAG